CAAGAAAGUACUUGUAUUUUGAUCAGUUCACUUUAAUUUCGUCAGUAAAAUGAAAACAUUUGUGUUGGGCCUUCUUUUUUUAACCUCCGUCGUCGCUCGCAAAGGCUUUGGUCCGACGGAACAAGAAUGGGGAUUCGUCCAAGUCCGAGCUGGAGCUAAAAUGUUUUGGUGGUUGCACCAAACCAGUGCCAACGUAUCAAGUUACACUGAUCGUCCUCUAGUUAUAUGGUUACAAGGGGGUCCGGGAUCUUCUUCCACCGGAUACGGCAAUUUUGCUGAGCUUGGGCCUCUAGACGCUGAUUUAAAUCCCCGAAAUACGAGUUGGAUUAACGAAUAUAAUGUCCUUUUUGUCGAUAAUCCAGUCGGGACUGGAUAUAGCCAUGUCGAUGAAAGCAAAUACUUUGCUACUAAUAAUAUGCAAAUCGCUUCGGAUUUUGUUGUUUUCUUGAAAGGGUUUUACGAAGCUGUGCCCGAUUUGAAGAAAACUCCAUUGUAUAUUUUUUCAGAGUCUUAUGGUGGAAAAAUGACCGCGGAUAUUGCACUCCAAGUUGAUGCGGCUAUUAAAAGUGGUUCGUUAGAUGCAAAUUUGAUCGGUGUUGGACUUGGCGAUUCUUGGAUUUCACCAGUUGAUUCAGUCUUGAGUUGGGGUCCUUAUUUACUAAGUGUGGGAGCAAUCGAUCAAAACCAAUACGAACGACUACAAAAAACGGCUGAAGAAGCAAAAAAAGCCAUUGAAGAUGGCAGAUAUUCAGCAGCUACAGACCUCUUCCAUCAAGGUCUAACACUUAUUGAAGUAACGACCGCAAACAUAGACGUAUAUAAUAUUUUAACUAUAGUUUCGUCGAAUUGGAAUUUGAAAAAUAAGUUAAUAAUGUCUGUUAAUGAUGAUGUUGAUGACAAAAUUUCGGUGAUAAUGAAUAAUCAAGUGAAAGAAGCUUUAGGUCUUGAUGUUAAUUGGGGAGACCAAUCGGAUGGUGUUGCUGAUGCCUUACAUGAAGAUUUCAUGAAACCAGUUAUUGAAGCUGUUGAAAGUCUCUUAAAUAAUACCAAUAUUCAAGUGGCCAUUUACAACGGCCAAUUAGAUUUAAUUGUAGACACUCCAGGACAAAUGCAAUGGUUGGAUAAUCUGAAAUUUAGUGGUUCAAAAGAUUGGAAAAACGCUGAAAGAAAAACAAUUGCAGUAAAUGAAAUUGUUGAAGGGUAUUAUAAAAAAGUAGGAAAUCUUGCAAUGUAUUGGGUUGACAGAGCUGGUCAUAUGGUGCCAAGAGAUAAUCCAGCUGCAAUGAGCUUUAUUCUACAAGACAUGACCAAUGGAUCUUGGACAAACAAUUAAUAAAAUACACUAUUUGCAAUAAAAAUAUUGUCUUUU